AUGGCCACCCGAAUUGGUGCCACUAUUUCUCAAGGAUGGCCACUUCCCGAUGUUUGUCGACUCGGACGAAGACUUGUUGGAUAUGACACCGAAGAAAACUGUAGUUCGCUUCCAAGACGAAGUCAUUUCGGAUAUCGACGAUCGGACGACCAUGACGUCAUACCGGCCGUCCUCACGACUGUCACCUGUUCCGCAGCCGGCCAAAAGCGAGGAAGCUUUAAUCCAAAAGCCUCCUGCAUCACCGACGUCACAAACCGGAUCAGACGUCUCUCAAAGUCUACAGGACACCACCGUCGACACAUUUGUGAUGUCAUCGGAAUAGAAUUUUUAGAAUUCAAUUUUUACCUUUUCUCUGUUCUUGAACGUUAA